ACAUGAAGGGGAAGGACGAGCGGAGACGGACUUAAGUCAUUUUUCGAAUAUUUACAGUAGAAAGAAGUUUCCUUCUCGGCAGGAUAAAAGACAUACAGGCAGGACUGUCUACAUUCCUCUAGACCUGCGAAGGCAACCCGGAAACGCGAUUUGUUCGCUUUCCAGAUAAGUAGUCUAAAUCGAGUUAGUGGUUGUAAAGUUACAUACGCAGACCGUUGAGGAGGUACUUUUGAAGAUUCAGAUUCUACAUACAAAACAGACAAACUGCUGGGUCCACGUCAGUGAUGUCUUCCAUGUGGUGGGAGCAGUGGCCCCUGCUGGUCACAAAUGGUACCUCUCCCUAUGGCCUGGACAACAGUAGCUGCUUCAGCUCCACACAGAGCACCGUACUCUCCAGAAAGGACUUUGGAGGAGUGCCAGUUGUGCUACUGCUCGAUUUCCUUGUCUUUCUGAUGUUGCUGAUUGUCUUCUCUAUUAUCAGGAGGAAGUUCUGGGACUAUGGGCGUCUGGCAUUAGUUUCAGACAACAAAGGGUUCACUGAGUCAACACACCGUCGCUAUAGACGCAUGUCAUCCAGUGUGGAUGACCCUGAGAAUGACUUGGGAUGCUGCUCUUGGCUGCCGUACAUCCUCAGAAUGGAUGAGGAAAAAAUAAAAGCCAGAUGUGGCAUGGAUGCUGUUCACUACCUGUCCUUCCAGCGCCAUCUGAUCGUCUUGCUGUUGGUCAUAACUGUCACCUCCCUCUCAAUCAUAUUGCCUAUCAACCUGACUGGAGACCUGCUGGGUAAUGAGCCAUGGAGUUUUGGAAGGACAACUAUUGGGAAUCUACAAAAGGGAAACAACCUGUUAUGGCUGCAUACAGUGUUUGCAGUUCUGUACCUGACCCUGACAGUUGUUUUGCUGCGACAUCACACAUCACAAAUCAAAAGCAUGCGCAGAGAGACAACCAGAAACACUUUGUUUGUGUGUUCAGUCCCUAAAACUGCAACAGAGGAAGCUCUAAAGACCCAUUUCACAGAGGCGUACCCUUCCUGUCAAGUGUGUGCUGUGACCCUGGGCUAUGACGUGGCCAAGCUCAUGCACCUUGAUAAGGAAAGGAUGCGAGCUGGAAAAAACCUGCGCUACUAUGAGCAUGUCCUAGAGAGCACAGGGAAACCUGAGCUGAUUAACCCCUGUUUGUGUGGUAACCUCUGUUGCUGCUCACAGAAGGUUGAUGCCAUAGAGUACUACAGUACUAAAGAAAAAGACCUGCUGGGAGAGGUGAGGAAGCAGGUAGAACUGGUGCCACAGCGCCCCCUGGGGAUUGCCUUCGUCACCUUGCAGACCAAGGCUAUGGCCAAGUACAUUCUGAAAGACUUCAAUGCACUCGAGUGUGGGGGGACAAACUGCUGUUGUGGGCGGGUGCCCCAACCUUCAUCCAACUGUGAAACUCUGAAAGUGAACAGGUGGAGGGUCAGCUUUGCACCCCAUCCCAAAAACGUGUAUUGGGACAAUCUCUCAGUGCGGGGUUUUCGCUGGUUCAUGCGCUAUAUGAUGCUCAACUUCUUCCUUUUCUUCCUGCUCACCUUCCUCACGACUCCCACCAUUAUUAUCAACACCAUAGACAAGUUCAACGUGACUAAGCCUAUCCAAUAUCUCAAUAGCCCUAUCAUCAGUCAGUUCUUCCCCACUCUCCUGCUGUGGUCCUUCUCAGCAUUGCUGCCCACCUUAGUCUACUAUUCUACACUAGGAGAGGCACACUGGAGCAGGUCCAGUGAGCAGCUGAGCAUGAUGCGGAAGCUGUACUUCUUCCUGCUCUUCAUGGUGCUUAUCCUCCCCUCGCUAGGACUCACCAGUCUUGCAGUGUUUUUCCGCUGGCUGUUUGAUAAAGAGUUUCUCUCAGAUGGGAAACUGAGGUUUGAGUGUGUGUUCUUACCUGACCAAGGGGCGUUUUUUGUCAACUAUGUGAUCACAGCAGCCCUGGUGGGCUCUGGGAUGGAGUUGCUGCGGUUGCCAGGGUUACUGCUUUACACCAUGCGUAUGGCGUUUGCUCACUCUGCUGCUGAAAGGAAAUAUGUCAAACAGAACCAGGCCUAUGAGUUCGAAUAUGGAGCCAUGUAUGGCUGGAGACUAUGUGUGUUCACUGUCAUUAUGGCUUACAGCAUCAUAUGUCCUAUUAUCACGCCUUUUGGUUUCCUGUACAUGAUGCUGAAGCACCUGGUGGACAAACACAACCUGUACUUUGUCUACCUGCCCGCUCGCCUAGACCGCCAGGUCCACCUGGAAGCUGUCAGUCAAGCUCUGGCUGCGCCCAUCAUCUGCCUAAUAUGGCUUUACUUCUUUUCUGUUCUCAGAACAGGUUUCUGGACUUUCACAUCUCUGUUCACACUGGUGGUCCUGUGUAUCACCGUCGUCAUCUGCGUCAGCUACACCUGCUUUGGCCUUUUCAAGUACCUCAGUCCACACAACUAUGAGGUGAAAGAGGAGGAUGAGGAUACAGCAGAAGAAGUGGAAGAAAACACCACGGUGUACCUUCCCAGAAUGCUUAAUCCCAAAUCACCUGCCAGCGCCCCACAGGAGUCUAAACCUAAGCGGUCUUAUGGCUCUACAGAGGGCAGCCCGGCCUACUGCCACAGCCCAGUGGAGGAAAGCAUGUCAGAUUGCUGAAUCAGUGUAUUUCAACACUGAGUCAAAACUCUGGAGUCAGGAUCCCCACGACUACUGUUCGUAAAUCUGCUUCCUUCACAAUGAUUUCAGCAUUGAAUGAAGUCAGUUUAAAUUCACCUCCAUCCUACUGCUCAGUCAGAGACAGCCAAGAAAAUCUCCAGAUGGUACAAGAGAAUAAGGUGCAAUGAAUUUCUGACGCUGUGCCGUCCAACUUCCUUAGCUUCUGCUUUUGGAAAUAUAUGAGUUAAAAGUAGCAGGGAGGACAGUGUGUUGAAUUGAAAUUGCUUUCUGCAGGAAAAAAGGUAAAUAGGAAUUUAUUUGUUAUUUGUAUCAUUAUUUGCACUUGAUGAGCAUAGCACAAACAUCCAUGAGAAACCUGCAUCUGUUUCAAUCUUAUCCAUCAUAAAGCACAGUUAUUGUUGUAUUUUUCUGUACGAGACCUCUCUGAUAAACCUGCCAUUUCAAACAUGCCAUAAUAUUUGUGAAAAAUACUGGAAUUAAUUUCUUGUACAUGCCAAAAGUAUUACCAGAACAAGAUAAUCAAGCCAGCAUCACUGCUGCCAAAGAGGUGGACAAGCAGAGCUUGCUGUUUUUAUCCAGUUUCAAUUCCUUCACAGUGCCUUUUUUGAUGCCAGAGGACAACACCGGCCAAGGGAAUAACUUACUGCCUAAUGUUAACUAUGCACUUUCUGUACCAAGAGAGGCCUGUCAUGUGUUUACUAAAAAGAGAUAAAUGUUUUUACUUUUGUAAUUAGACAAGAGAACAAACAUUUGUAUCAGUUUUGAAGGAGUUUUGCAACCAAAGGUUUACUAUGAUGAUGAUGACAAUGGUUAGACACUAUUUUCAUUAAAUAUGUCAAGGUUUAUUUGUAUUCAGUGUACAUUGAAGUUGUGUUUUUGCAGCUUUUUUAAAAUUUGCAUUUUAACAUGGAACUAAAUACGAAAGGCAAACUUGUAAGUGUACAGUGGUUGGUAAUAAGAGUGUUGAAGUUAAAAAGAUGAAAUGUCUAAGCCUUAGCUUUGUAUAUGAUUUAAAUUUCAAUAUUAAACAA